AUGGUGCAGGUCUUUCCAAACAAGAUCGUCAUCAUGAGCGCACGUGAGAAUAACACCCAACAGCGAGUGGAGCACGAGCUUCUGGCGUCCCCCCUGGUGUCGCGAUCCCCGUCACCGGUCAGCGAGGCUGACGAGGAGUCCACCGGGGAGAUCUCGGACGUGGAGCUGCCGUCCGAGGAGGAGGACCGAGGCGCAGACGCGACGGAGAUCGCAGAGGUCGUCGCCAUCUCUUCCGAUGAGAGUGGGCCAGAGGACGCGAGUGAGGAGGAGAAGGAGGGGACGGAGACCGUCAGUCCCGAGGUGUCCUCGGACGAGGACGACGUGGCGCGGCGAGCUGCGAGGGACCGGAUGAUCUUCCGCCGGUUGAGCAGGGCGACGGCAGGGCUCGGGAGGAUCUGCCUAGGGCAGAUACCACCGUCGGGCGAGCCCAAUGAGUGGGCUCGUAUAUUGGAGGCGCGGGCGGGGCAGCCGCAGCCGCCGCAGGGGCAGCCGCAGCCGCCACAGGAGCUGCCACAGCCGCCGCAGGGGCAGCCGCAGCCGCCGGAGGGGCAGCCGCUGCCACACUCACCAUCACUACCACCAUGGUCGCCGCCGAGGCAGCAGGAGUGGCACCUGCCACAAGCGCAGGUCGCGCAAGCGCUGCGGACCAUCGUGGUGGAGGGGCGGCGGUGGCAUCAGCAGACGGUCACGUGGACGUGGCCCACGCCCGAGGAGGCAACAGAGGAGGCCAGGAUGCGAGAGGCCAUCGAAGCCAUCGAGUGGCGGCGCCCACCGCCGUUGAACCCGCGCGAUCCGAGGGCCAAGUCGGCGAAACGCGUCGCGGAGACGGCCGAUCGCGCGGGGCUGGAGGUGACGACCGAGAAGGAACGCGAGGCCCAGGAGGGGCUGGAGAAGGGGCCAUGGGAGUGGCCAACACCGCCGGAGACGUCGCGGGACACGGCGCCACCCCCCGAAGCUGGCGCGGCAGACUUCGUGCCCGGAGUCGCGAGCCCCACCGGCGAGGUCGACGCUGCGGAGACAGCAGUCGGAGGGCGCGGAACCGUGGGCGGAGGUUCCGGAGGCGGAGUGGCCGGCGCGGGUGGCCGAAGAAGCGCAAAGACAGCGAGGGAGGCAGAGGAAGGCCAGGUGGGCCAAGCUCGUGCUGGAGGAGGGAUAGCGCUACCGAGUCAAGGUAGCAGGGGGCCGGGUGCGGGUGUUUAA